GCCUCUGUAUUCUUCUCAAGAAGAUAGUACCCAGCUCUGGACAAUGUGAGAUCUUAUCAGGGAUGGGAAAAUCAUGACUUUGGUUUCUUUUCCCUCUUCCAUUUCUAAGACAUUGGUGAUGGCCUUUAGCAAUUCCAGCUAGAAACCAUCCCAGCCUUCUUUUUUCCUGGUAGGUAUUCCAGGUUUGGAAGAAAGUCAGCACUGGAUAGCUUUGCCCUUGGGUGUCCUUUACCUCCUUGCUCUAGUGGGCAAUUUCACUAUCCUCUUCAUCAUAUGGACUGACCCAUCCCUGCACCAGCCCAUGUACCUCUUCCUGGCUAUGCUAGCAGCCAUUGACCUGGUCCUCACCUCCUCCACUGCACCCAAAGUCCUUGCAGUGCUCCUGGUUCAUGCCCAUGAGAUUGGGUACACUGUCUGCCUGAUCCAGAUGUUCUUCAUCCAUGUGUUCUCCUCAGUGGAGUCAGGUGUGCUUGUGGCCAUGGCUCUGGAUCGCUAUGUAGCUAUUUGCCACCCUCUGCACCAUUCCACCAUACUGCAUCCAGGGAUGAUAGGGUGCAUUGGAGUGGCAGUGCUGGUGCGUGGAUUACUUCUCCUCACCCUCUUCCCCAUCCUGCUGCAGCGCCUCAUCUUCUGCCGGCCUAUGGUCAUAGGUCAUGCCUACUGUGAACAUAUGGCUGCGGUGAAACCCGCCUGCUCAGACACCUCAGUGAACCAAGCUUAUGGGCUGGCAGUGGCACUGCUUGUGGUUGGGCUAGAUGUCCUGGCCAUUGGUAUUUCCUAUGCCCUCUUCCUCCAAGCAGUACUGAAGGUACCAGGAGGUGAGGCCCAAUUUAAGGCUUUUAGCACGUGUGGUUCCCAUGUUUGUGUUAUUCUGAUUUUCUAUGUCCCUGGAAUGUUCUCCUUCCUUCCUCACCGCUUUGGCCACCAUGUGCCCCAUCAUGUCCAUGUUCUUCUGGCCACACUCUACCUCCUUGUGCCACCUGCACUCAAUCCUCUUGUCUAUGAAGUGAAGACACGGCAGAUCCACCAGUGGGUUCUCAGGGUGUUCUCUCUAAAAGAGUAA